AUGAAGCCACCGACGCUACGGCCCUGGCUUCCAACCCCAGCCCUGCGGCGGCGGCCGGACAUUCGCAGACGCUACGCAGUCCAGGCGCCCGGUAGACCGACCCUCCAGAUCUUCAACGAGAACGUCAAGUACCUACAGAAAGAGCGGGCAGCCGCGAAUGCUGAACACAGUCGAAAUGUCGACUACCUCAAGGACGAAGUUGCUCGACGGCUGGUUGACCGCCUUCUCGACAUCGAUCGACAGUUCCCCAAAGUCUUGGAUCUCGGGGCCAACAGCUGCCAGAUUGCACGAGCGCUCUCGAAGCCACCUCUGAUCGCUCCAGAAUUGCCAGAGGGCCUGGAAAGGGCCAAGAUCCCACUCUCCGAGCGUGUGCAACACAUCACAUGCGUAGAAACCUCGCCGACGACUCUCCACAGGGACGAUUCGCUCCCCGCGCCCACGGUACCAAUCACUCAGACGGUGCUGCCUUCUCUCGAGACACUCCCGUACGGUGCCAACACCUUCGAUGCCGUAUUGUCCUCCCUGUCCCUUCACUGGAUCAACGAUCUCCCUUCAGUGCUGUCAAGCAUCAACAAUAUCCUCAAGCCCGACGCCCCUUUCCUCGCCGCCAUGUUCGGUGGAGACACACUCUUUGAGCUGCGCUCGUCGUUGCAGCUAGCCGAUCUGGAACGCCACGGCGGCGUCUCGCCACACAUAUCCCCCCUGGCCGACGUGCGCGACGUGGGGAACCUCCUUGGCCGGGCGGGUUUCAAAUUGCUCACCGUCGACGUGGACGACAUUGUGGUGGAAUACCCCGACACAUUUGCACUCUUGACCGACAUCCAAGCCAUGGGCGAGGGAAAUGCAAUCCUCAAGUCCAGCGGCGGGCCCCUCAGCCGAGAUGUACUGCUCGCGAAUGAAGCCAUAUACAGAGAACUGCACUGUCGGGAGGACGAGAAGGAUAGAAUACCCGCGACUUUUCGAGUCAUCUACAUGAUUGGAUGGAAAGCCGCUCCAGGCCAGCCAAAACCCCUAGAAAGAGGCAGCGGGAAAAUCAACAUGAAAGAUAUACUUGGCGGAGGCGACUUGGGUCUGUAG